AUGUUCGACAACAUUCUCAAAAAGCGUCCACAGGGCCUUUACACAGACUCUCAACCCCCUGGAGAGUCUGUGCCCACAAAUGAACGCGAGAAAGGCGCCGGCGAGCUCGUCGAUACGCCAAUUCCGCUUCUCACUUGGCGGUCGUUCAUCAUGGGUGUGUUCGUCUCUAUGGGCGGAUUUCUUUUUGGUUACGAUACUGGUCAAAUCUCUGGCUUCCUGGAGAUGCAAAACUUCCUUCAGCGUUAUGGUGAAAUUCAGGAUGACGGGACUUAUCAUUUCAGUAACGUCCGUUCGGGUCUUAUAGUUGCCCUGCUGUCCAUUGGUACUUUGAUUGGAGCUUUGAUUGCUGCACCGAUUUCCGAUCGCGUAGGAAGAAAGUGGUGUAUCAGCGGCUGGUCUUUGAUGGUAUGCAUUGGAGUUACCAUUCAGAUCUCCUCGCCUUUUGGGAAGUGGUACCAGGUUGCCAUGGGUCGUUGGGUCGCCGGACUCGGGGUUGGCGCCAUCUCUCUGCUGGUCCCGAUGUACCAAGCUGAAUCAGGACCGAGACACAUCCGUGGUUCAUUGAUCAGUACAUACCAGCUAUUCAUCACACUUGGAAUUUUCGUUGCGAACUGUAUCAAUUUUGGAACCGAAGACCGCUCUGAUACCGGGGCAUGGCGCAUCCCAAUGGGAAUCACAUUUCUCUGGGCUAUAAUCCUCGGUGUUGGCAUGAUGUUCUUCCCUGAAAGCCCACGCUACGACUAUCGCCAAGGUAGGGUGGAUAAAGCUAUGAACACACUUGCCAAAAUUUAUGGCAUCCCCCUCAAUCACCGUGCCCUGCAUAUCGAAUUCGAUGAGAUCAAGCAGAAACACGACGAAGAGAAGGUCAAUGGGCAGGCUAGCUGGAUUCAAAUGUUCUGUGCUCCUACAAUGGCGUAUCGGGUCGCUGUUGGCGUCGCUUUGCAAGCUCUGCAGCAGCUGACAGGUGCCAAUUACUUCUUCUAUUAUGGAACCACGGUCUUCAAAGGCGCUGGUAUCCAAAACAGUUAUGUCACCCAGAUGAUUCUGGGCGGUGUCAACUUUGGAACAACGUUCCUUGGUCUUUAUUUGAUCGAACACUUCGGUCGACGCCGUUCUCUCAUCAUCGGUGCUCUAUGGAUGUUUGUCUGCUUCAUGAUCUUUGCCUCAGUGGGUCAUUUCUCCCUGGAUCGCGACUUCCCAGAGCGAACAAAAUCUGCCGGCGUGGCCAUGGUGGUCUUCGCCUGUCUGUUCAUCCUUGGCUUUGCCAGUACAUGGGGUCCCAUGGUGUGGACAAUCAUCGCCGAGUUGUAUCCUUCGCAAUACCGUGCGCGAGCUAUGUCUUUGGCAACAGCCUCCAAUUGGCUCUGGAACUUCCUUAUUGCAUUCUUCACCCCCUUCAUUACCGGUGAUAUUGACUUCCGGUUUGGAUAUGUCUUCGCCGGCUGUCUUUUCCUCGCUGCUGGUUUGGUCUAUGUCGCUGUCAUUGAGGGAAAAGGCCGUACUCUGGAAGAGAUCGAUACUAUGUAUCUCAUGAAAGUGAAGCCGUGGAAGAGUUCCAAGUUCCAGUUCCCGGCUGAUCCAAACGUCGUUCGAGGCUCGUUCGACAAAGAGGAGAAUGCCCCAGUGUCGUCUCACGUCGUUGACCCGACUGUUGAGCUGCGAGAUGAUGGGUCUGCCGUACCGGUGGCACGUCCAUAA